AAUGCGAGAGUUUUAGUAAGCACAUUGGUAUAGAUAUUGUAACGGUAAUUAAAAUGACAAUUUAUACUAAUACUGACUAGUAAAUACUACUGAUUGAAGACUCUAGAUUGCCCUUAGGUGUGAAUGUGCGCGCGAAUGGUUGUUUGUUUCUAUGUGCCCUGCGAUUGGCGAUUGGUGUAACCCGCCUCUGGCCCGAAGAUAGCUGGGAUAGGCUCCAGCACGCCCGCGACCCGAGUGAGGAUAAAGCGGUACAGAAAAUGGAUGGAUAAUAUGCCAUAUUUCACUACUUGUUUUUUAAGGCCGUUUUUUUACAGUGUGGGAAAAUUUGUAGUCAUUCAAACACCGGGACUGACGUUAUCACAUCCAUCAUAUUCCAGUUACUUUUUCAGUGGGUGGUUUUGAGGCUAGUUAUAUACAGUACCAUUACAUUUACUUGUCAUGUCAGGUUUUCCAUUUUGCAUAGAUUACAUAACAUUCCUUAUUUCAUUACUCUCCACCCCCCCUACUCCACCCCCUUGUUUUUUUAAGCCCAACUUUUGCACUGUACCAUACAGUAACACUGUUCAAAUCAAACAAGAGAUAAGCAUUAACACCAAGUAGCACCCGGGUCGUUGCCAGACGAGUGGCAUGAUGUGCUUACGUAACCGUAGCGCUUGUAUAAAUCCGGACGAGUCCAGGAAACGCAGUCUCUUCGAUGAGUGAAAUCAUGCAGUCGGCGGAAUUAAAUCGUAACAGCCUGCUGCUGGCCUUGAGGAGCUACAGCUCGGCGGUGAGUAAUAUGGAGCAGACGGUCCUCCUGCCCAGCCUGCUGCGAGACCUCCCCGCCGAGGAGGACCAAGAGGCGCCUUCCCAGGAUUUGUACGGCGACUACCUGAUGCUCAAGUCGGUGAGGAACGCAGUGGAGAGCGGCCUGGCGCACCCCGAGGACAAGAGUAAGUCCAAGGUCCGCGUGAGCGAGGUGCUGCUGGAGCCGGAGAGCCUCCUGCGCUUCCACCUGACCGGACUCUUCGCCGUCGUCAGCCAGCUCACGCGCAGGAGCCACAGGCUGACGCAGAAGUACCUGGACAUUGUCGGCAUCUCCAAUUAAAUGGGGACUUAUUUUAAUCGGUGCCUGGACAUUUAAAUCCAGAAGUUAAUUUGUUGUGGAACAUUUUUUUUUUUUUUUUAAAGGAAUAUGGUACAAUGAACAAAUAUUAAUGCACACACAACGACAGCAACAUACCCUAUGAUUAUCAGAACUCAAUCUAAGAAAACCAUCACAUUGGACUGUGUUGAUGCAAACUUUUGACCAUUUUCUUGUAUUUGGACAGAGGGGAAACAGCUUGGUUUCAUCAAUGACCCCGAAACUGAUGUGAAUCCACAGCAUAGAAGUGGUCAUUCUGACCCGUUUACACCAGUGAGCUCCUUUUAAAGUAACAUCUCCCCCUAUAUUGUUUUGAUUGUCCUUAUACUUCCAAUAGGAGUGGACUUCCAGGAAUUGUUUGAAAUGAAAUGAGUAAAGGAACAGGUCACUCUGCUCAAACUGCCUUGCUCGUCAUUCUUUCAUCCACAAUAGGGAAAGUGGUAAACAGUCCCAAGCACUGUCUGCAUUUCCACUGCAUUUUUGCACGGGUUCCCGCCGAAACAUGCAUCUGUUCUUUGGGAAAUCUCGAUACAGUUAAGA